AUGGAAGGUGCUGCAAGGACGGUACCCGCUCAGUUUGCCCGCCUACCACCAACGGAACAUGCACUUCUUUUAAACAGGUUUAAGUUUCUUAACCUGGUGCAACGCAUUGCUGCUGCCGAUGUGGCGGAGAUGAUCGAUACCGUUGGAUUAGAAGCACUCACAUUCAAGGGGACUCUGGAGAAACUUUCUCUGGAAGGCUUUCCUGCAAGUGGUGUGUCGCGGAGUCCUCACAUCAUGGGAACUGACACUGUUCACGGGUUCGGGAGUCACAUGAAAGAUGAGAUACAUGGCAAAGGACAUCUUACGGGCCGCGUACGCGGAAAGGGAGCACGGGAAAGAAGAUUCUCUUCUCCAAAAGAGGAAAAGGAGUUUAUCAACCGCCUAGCGCGACCACGAAACUAUCGCAACCAAUUUGGUACGGAUUGGAGGAGGUAUCCGCAGGGCACCCCGACCUCUGAACCUGCGCAUGUUCCAGGUGACCCCUCAGCGCAGUCCGUUUGGCACCGGAAGAAAAGUGAUGUGUCUGCAGAUUUGUAUGAUAAUCGCUUGCGGGUAAGUAACGAUGAGGAUGAUUUGUACGGAGACAACGUCGUCAUCGAAUCCUCUGACGACCGGCUGCAGCAGCAUGACGGUGGGGCGCAUAAUGCGACGUGGAAGUCCUUCAGGCAGCCUGAUCAGGAAGGUUUCCGCGAUGAUGCGAUCCAUGGUGGUGAGAGAUGUAACAUAGGAGAGUCUGCGGGGGGGUUUGCUGAUGCUCCUCCCAGCAAUACCGUUGAAGGGAUUUCUACGUUAGGAGCACAAAAGAGAGAGAACAUAAAUGCACCCUCGAUCCUUUCCAAAGGCGCUUGGACCAAGAACCAGCCUGGUGCCCCCGGAGGGCAGUUUGUAGCUUUCGACGCAGCGUCAGCGCAUACCAUGAAUUCUGCACGCAGGAAUCGUGCCUCAUUCGCACCAAAGGCCAAGCCCAAAGCGGCGCCUGAUGUUCAACGCGUUCCUAUGGAGGUCAUCCGCCAAGCAUCAUUGUUAUUGGCAGACAAACAGGUGGCAGAGCCGCUUCAACAACCGCCACCACCGCAGAUUCCGCCGUCAGGAGCACAAAAUCCAACGCAAAGCAACACACUCUCCGCGUAUGGCAGUAACUUCCGUGGGAGCGGUUCGCAGGUGCAAGUGCCAUCAUCCGGUUCCCUCAACAGCAAAAAAGAGGUUGAUAGUUCGUGCAUUGUUCCCAAGCGUGUAUCGGACGAUACCCUUGCUGAGCUGACAUUGUGCGUUGAGAAGAUGUUGCAGGACCACCGAAAGGUACUUGAGGGUAUUCUGAAGGAUGAACGCCCUGCGCCUGAUGAUCCUCCAGCGGUGGUGAGGCGGUCAGAACAAGGCGGUCGCGGCGGUGUCGCCGAUGGGGGCAUUAACAUGACGCGAGAGAAGACGUCCGUUAAGGAGCGUAAACCCUCGCCCAAGAGCACUCACGGGGUUUCCGGUUCCACGAUGGGUCGUAUUAAUGAUUUGCUUGAGGACAUCAGUGAUGAGGAGGACGAGCUGCUGCUUGUUAACCGUAUCCAACGAAAGAUUGGGGCUAUGGAUCGCGACAUAGAGGCUAUAGAAGCACGGGGUAAACAGGUUCACGGUUCCUUGGGUGAAAACGAUGGUGAUCACGAAGGAAUAUAUGAUCGGGAAACUAGUUCAAAGAAUACCAACCGCCGCGUCGCGUUUGCAGACACAAUAUCUUCUAGUCGGCGCCGAGGUCGUCGGCGAGGUGAAAUGCCUCGCGCAAUCGUUGAGCGUAUUCGGUCUUUCCAAAAGGAGAAUCACGAGUACAUUCAAUACACAGAGAGGCUUUGGAACACUUCAAAGGUGACGGAACAGGUGUUUGCGUACCGCCUUACAGAGAGUCUCUUAGAUGACGCUCUCUGUGAGGUAAUUAGUGAGGUGGGAGGCAUACUCGACACAUACGUAGAGGGUUUAACCCAUCACGAAUUACAGUAA